GUGGUGGCGACACAUCCAAUGAUAACAGGAGAAGCUUUCCGAUUGACUGUUGCUUAAUUCUUCCCUUGGGCUUUUUUCCCGCGCCUUUGCCUCCCCUCAGUUUGACGACGAGUUUGAUGCCUAUCGUCAAUCCAACAGGACAAUGUCGGGCGCCAGGGACCCUCAUAUGUCUGAAGACAGGCGUGAGAAUGAGACUUCUCGGUACGUCUUCUUAUCGCAGCCUGUUCAUGUACACGCCAUUGCGGUACUUACCAUGACUUCGCAGGUACGAUGAGUUGCUGCGCACAACAUGUAGGCCUCUCAGCCAGAUCAGUGCUGCGGGGCCUGAAAAGUCGCCGGAUUCUGUCCUCACGGGUCUCGCACAGUUGGCAACUUGUCAGACGAAAACAGAGCGCUCGCUUGUAUCGCUGUUUGACAAGACUAGGCAGUACAUAGUCGCGGAAGCAACACCUUCCACGUCACUCAUAAACAGCCCAUCGUUGGACAACAGCGACGAAGAACUCUUGCUCUGCGGGACGUAUAUCCCCCGCACCGAUGGGGUCUGUCACUACACCCUACGCGCUGCUGAGGAGUCAUUGGAUACUCCUACAUCGCAAGAGCUGCCGGUCAUCGCCGUCCAGGAUCUGGCCAAAGACCCGAGGUUCGCAGCCAGCCCAUACUGCCGCCCUGGCAGCAUCGCCAGGUUCUACGCCGCCGUGCCUAUACGGUCUCCUCGGGGCAUCAACAUUGGAGUCUUGUGCGUCAUGAACUCUACGCCUGGUGGGGUCUGGGAAGAGAAACACUCAAAUGUCCUUCGAGGGCUGUCGCAAACAAUUAUGGAUCACCUCGAGGGCAAUCGAAUAAAGCAUUCCUUAAAACGCAGCACGGCGAUGAGCCUUGGGCUUCAGAGGUUCACUGAGAGGGGUUUGACUUCACGCAAGGGUUCACUUCAAGAUUUGCAUCCCGGUGCAGAGCAUCAAGCAAGUGGAGACCAAACGCAAUACAAUGAUGGGCAUGCACCGCUGGAGAUUCCUAACUACCAAAGCCAGGAACACACGCUAUCAAAUCCAUUUCUCAUAGCAGCAACUGUUAUUAAAGAGGCUCUCCACGCAGAUUACUGCGCCUUUUUCAGAGGAGAUUCUCGGGAUCUCCCUCUAGUCCACUCACCCGAAACAGCAACUCAGUACGACUUCUCCCUCGAUGGGUCAUGUCAAACUCCACGCGUUUACAGCAGUGCGAGUAUAAACGAAACCCCCACUGCCAAAUUCCAACCGCCUUGCCAAUUACUCGGAUCCUCCAAAGACCUCGGUUCAAGCUCCACUCAAGACGUCAACAACAUUUCACAAGCGCUUCUUUCUCACAUGCUUCGACGAUACCCUGAAGGUUACAUAUUUGACUUUGAUUCACAAGCUCAGCGAUCAUUCACCGAUAAUACGGGACACUUUGGCUCAGGUUUUAGCCAACCAGAGCAGCAGCCAUCACAACAGAAUGCUCCUCCAAGAAGCGACCAUGAAAGCUAUGAGAAGCGGGAAUUACAGGAAGCCUUCAACGGAGCCCGAUAUGUAGCUUUCAUCCCUAUAUGGGACCCCCUCAAAGGCUUACUUUCCAUCGGCGGGUUUGCUUGGUCAAGGGCACCUCGACGUGAGUCCGACAGAGACGGAGAACUGCCGUUCUUCAGGGCCCUCGGAAUACUGGCGGCAUCAGAGGCCUUCCAGAUAGAAACCCUGGCGGCCGACAAGGCCAAGUCAGACGUUCUAGGUUCUAUAUCUCACGAACUACGCUCGCCGCUCCACGGAAUUACGCUAGGCCUCGAACUGCUCAAUGACUCUGGGUUGGGUGCAGCGCAGCAGAACAUCGCUCACCUGAUUGGGACAUGCUGUCGUACUAUGCUCGACACCACAGAGCAUUUACUGGAUUUCACCAAGGUGAAUCAGUCGAUGCGAUCAGAUACCACGAACGACGACAGCUUAGAAAGAUCCAAGCUGGGCAUUGUCCCCCCGAACAGGGAGCAAACCGUGAACAAAACGGUCCGCCUGGACCAGAUCGCCGAAGAUGUAGUGGAGAGUGUUUAUGCUGGCCACAGCUAUCAGCACGCAUCGAUCGCUCACAUAUUCAGUCCCUCCAAGAGCAGAACGAGCACCGAUGUUGGAGCCAUGCGACGAAUGGACUCCAUAGAAGCCGCUGAAGCAAAAGCCAUCGACCAGAGGAACCAACCUCAAGACGGUGUGGUUACCAUCUUUUUACUCUACGACCCGACGCUCUCUUGGAGCUUCCAAACGCGGGCCGGUGCGAUCCGUCGGAUUAUCAUGAACCUCCUCGGGAACUCACUAAAGUACACCUCUCAAGGCUUCAUCAAGGUCUCGAUGGCACAAUCUCAGCCACAAGGUGCUUUGAGCGGCGAACGCAUGAUCGAACUAGCAGUUGAAGAUACAGGCCGGGGAAUCAGCGAGGACUUCCUUCGGAACAACAUCUUCAAGCCUUUCUCUCAAGAGGACCAAUUAUCUACCGGAGCGGGGCUGGGGCUCAGUUUUGUCCAAAGGAUCACGUAUCAGCUUGGCGGCACGAUAUCCAUCAACAGUCAAGUUGACGUUGGCACCAAAGUCACGGUGUCGAUACCCAUGCUCCCAGGCACAAGCUCUCCAGCAUCCGAGUUCGCGGUCUAUCAACAGAGCCCAUGCCACGGUCUACGCGCCAGACUGGCCGCCCUACCUCAAAGCCUCGAAGCUACACAUCAUGGGUCUAUGACCUCCAGAGCUUUGAUGAACGAGCUGUGCUUCGAGCAUCUAGGUAUGGUACCAGACGCGCUGUCAGAGGUGGAACGGCUAGCUCCCGAUGUCGUUAUCGUGCAGGAUAAUUCAGCGAGCAACCUUUCAGAACUAGCACAAUCAUGGCCCGAUGCACCAGUGCUGGUGGUGUGCAACAACGCACUUGUCGUUCAACGAUAUGAGUCAGCACAGGUAUCAACUGGACGCACGAGAUUAUGCGACUAUGUUGCCCAACCCCUCACUCCGAACAAGCUAGAAAGGGCAGUGUCCAGAGCCAUCACCUUCUGGGCCGAGAUAGAAGACAACCCACAUACCCCGGGAACAAUACCACUACCAACGCCCUCAGACAUGGUAUCAUGUAGCCAACCACCAACCCCUGCCGUAGAGAGCCCCCUGGGCGGCCUCGUCCCAGCGCAAGACUACUUCCAGACCCCACAGUUCCUCCUAGUAGAAGAUAACCCCAUAAACCUCAAGAUGCUAACUCACUCUAUGAGGAAACUCCAAAAGCCAUACCGCACCGCAGUAAACGGGCAGGAAGCGGUGAAUGCGUACAAAGAGACGCCGGGGCAGUUCAAGUAUGUACUCAUGGAUAUAUCGAUGCCAGUGAUGGACGGCCUAGAGGCUACGCGUCAGAUACGAGCGUUUGAGCUAUACAAUGGAAUCGCUGCCUCCAAGAUCAUAGCUAUAACGGGGCUUGGGUCUGAGAGUACGCGGGAGGAAGCAACAAGAAGCGGUGUUGACGUUUUUAUUACAAAACCUGUCAAGUUGCGUGAGCUGGAAGUAGUUAUUAAUAGUUGAGGAGGAGAUUUGCUACACAAGUGACAUUUUCCAGGAAUUUGCCUAGGCUAACUCGACAGAAUAGGAGGGGAACACCAAGAUAUGUUCUAACUUGUGUUACCAGCGACCUCGGCGACCUUCAAAGACUCAACAUUGAGCAUAUAAAACUCAGAUAGAUGAUGCAGUCAUGAACUGCAAGUAUCGUAGAAAUAUGACAAGGCUUGCACUGUGUAAUGAAGCUCUAGCCGCGCUGCAGGUCUAAGUCAAAUCUGCCUAUAAAG